GAGUGGAAUACCGAGAGGGAAAUCGUUUUAGCGUAAUAUAUUUAAAAGAAGAUUGCCGAUUGCUGUGAAUCGACUUAGAGCGCAGAAUUGGCGUUCACGACAAAAAUCGACUGGUUGGUUGCGCUGCCGGCGGUGGUGGUGACGUCUCCGUCCAAUGCCUUCGCGGACGCUUUGGCCCAUUUUCGGCGCAAAUACAUGAUCGUGACGAAAAUGACGCCAAGGCCAGCAGCGAUUCCAGCAACAAUCAAGAUCGACUGCAGCGUUUUGGGCGAACUCGACGAGGUCUGUUCGGCCGAAGUCAACGCCGACGGGGCAUGCGUUGGCACGAAUCCCUCUUGCUUCAUCUGGAACGACACAAGCGUGUCCAACGUCGUAAACUUGGCGAGUUCGGCGAGGGUGACCCCAGUCUUGUCGUAAAAGACACAUACGGGCGCGUUGCUCAGAAUUCGCUGGACAUCGGCGUACAGAAUUUGGCACGCCGGCGUCGUGGCAAAUCUCUGAAGUUGCUCCACACUCGGGUACACUUUGGUUCGACGAAAUGUCUCGACAAAGUCAAACCCGGACGCGUUGGAGCAUGGGGCGUAGACGGGCAGUGCCUUAAUGGUCGACAUAACUGAAUCGAUCUGGCUGACGUCGCACGGGACAAUAGUUUGUUGAGGCGCAAUCAGCGUCGAUUGCGGCACUGCAGCCGAACUGUCUUGAAUGCGGCGGUAGGCCACGAGUUCGGCCAGGGAUGGGAAGCUCGCUUGUUUGGCGAGAGGCUGGCCAGGGUAGAAGUCGCAUCCUGAAUUCGAAGACCCGAUGAUUUGGACCAAGUCGUAGUACACGACCUUGCAUGCUUCGGCCUUGGAGAACAACUCAAUUUGUGCGUCCGAGACGAUGGAGCCUUUGGUUGUAAAGUAGUCGAUGAGGGAGAACCCAGGAGUGGCGGCGGCACACGCCUUGACCACGUCUUGCGGGAGUUCGUAAUAUGUCGCUUUAAUUCGAUCAAACGAUGCUUGAGUGCAUGCUGUCGAUGGCACAUCAGGCACGGCAGUGGUAGACGAUGCCUUGUCGUGUUCGGUGCGAUAUGCCGUGAGUUCUUUUAACGAUGGAAAGCCUGCUUGCCGUGCCAAGGGUUCACCCGGGUAGUACUCGCAUGCUUCUGCUCGUCCGAUGAUCUGCGUCAAGUCGUAGAAUACUACCUUGCAAGCUUCAGCCUUGGUGAAGUUUUCGACUUGAGCAUCGGAAGGGCUUGGGCUGCCUCGAGUCGUGAAAUAGUCGAUGAGCUUGAACCCGGGUGUGGUGGCGUCGCACGCAGAUGUGAUGUCAGUUGGCAGUUCAUAGAAAGUGGAUUUGAUGCCAUCGAGGGUAGACUUCGAGCAGGAUGGGAGAGCCUGGAUCGACACAGCUACGACGCUCGCAGCGACCAUCGCAGCGGUGGGUCUCAUGCUACGUGCGAUUUCGAAU